CAUUGUUGUGUGAGCCGGAGCAGGGGCGCGGAUCUUACAAAGCCCGAAGACCCCCUCCCCACCCGCACUCUUGGAAUCCCACCCCCCCUUUUAUUAACCAUGUGGAUACCUACGGAGCACGAGAAAUACGGCGUGGUUAUUGCCAGUUUUCGAGGAACCGUCCCAUAUGGCCUGUCUUUGGAAAUUGGAGACACAGUUCAGAUCCUGGAAAAGUGUGAUGGCUGGUACAGAGGAUUUGCCUUAAAAAACCCAAAUAUCAAGGGUAUAUUUCCUUCCAGCUUCAUUCACUUAAAAAAUGCCUGUGUAAAGAACAAAGGACAAUUUGAAAUGGUUAUUCCCACGGAAGAUUCUGUUAUCACAGAAAUGACAUCAACAUUAAGAGACUGGGGAGCCAUGUGGAAACAACUCUAUGUGAGAAAUGAAGGUGAUCUCUUCCACCGGCUGUGGCACAUCAUGAACGAAAUCCUGGAUCUGCGGCGGCAGGUGUUGGUGGGCCAUCUGACCCAUGACCGGAUGAAGGACGUGAAGCGCCACAUUACUGCCCGCCUCGACUGGGGCAAUGAACAACUGGGUCUUGACCUGGUCCCUAGGAAAGAGUAUGCCAUGGUGGAUCCAGAGGACAUCAGCAUUACUGAGCUCUACCGAUUGAUGGAGCACCGACAUCGGAAGAAAGAUACCCCAGUGCAGGCCAGCAGUCACCACCUCUUUGUGCAGAUGAAGAGCCUCAUGUGCUCCAACCUGGGAGAGGAGCUCGAAGUCAUCUUCUCGCUCUUUGACAGUAAAGAGAAUCGACCGAUCAGUGAGAGGUUUUUCUUGCGGCUAAAUAGAAAUGGACUUCCCAAAGCCCCAGAUAAACCAGAACGACAUUGCUCUCUUUUUGUGGAUUUGGGUAGCAGUGAGCUAAGAAGGGACAUCUAUAUCACUGUGCACAUUAUCCGAAUUGGCCGGAUGGGAGCAGGAGAGAAAAAGAAUGCCUGCAGUGUCCAAUACCGGCGGCCUUUCGGGUGUGCGGUUCUCAGCAUUGCUGACUUGCUGACAGGAGAGACGAAAGAUGACCUCAUCCUGAAAGUGUACAUGUGUAACACCGAGAGUGAGUGGUACCAAAUACAUGAGAACAUCAUCAAAAAGCUAAAUGCACGUUAUAAUUUGACUGGUUCCAAUGCAGGUUUAGCAGUUUCCCUACAACUAUUACAUGGAGAUAUUGAACAAAUCAGAAGAGAAUAUUCAUCAGUGUUUUCUCAUGGAGUAUCUAUAACGCGAAAAUUAGGUUUUUCUAAUAUUAUUAUGCCUGGUGAAAUGAGGAAUGAUUUAUACAUCACUGUAGAAAGGGGGGAAUUUGAGAAAGGUGGAAAGAGCGUUGCCAGAAAUGUGGAAGUUACAAUGUUCAUUGUAGAAAGCAGUGGCCAGACCUUAAAGGAUUUUAUCUCCUUUGGCUCUGGAGAGCCGCCAGCCAGCGAGUACCACUCCUUUGUAUUAUAUCAUAACAACAGUCCCAGGUGGUCUGAACUGCUGAAACUUCCCAUCCCUGUGGAUAAAUUCAGGGGUGCGCACAUCCGCUUUGAAUUUCGACAUUGUUCCACAAAGGAGAAAGGAGAGAAGAAGUUGUUUGGUUUCUCUUUUGUCCCCCUGAUGCAGGAAGAUGGCAGGACUCUCCCAGAUGGCACUCAUGAGCUCAUUGUACAUAAGUGUGAAGAAAACACGAAUCUUCAGGAUACUUCCCGCUACCUCAAACUACCCUUUUCCAAGGGUCUUUUCCUUGGGAAUAAUAAUCAAGCAAUGAAGGCCACAAAGGAGUCUUUUUGGAUAACAUCUUUCCUCUGUUCCACAAAACUGACACAAAAUGGUGAUAUGCUUGAUCUUUUGAAAUGGAGAACCCACCCAGACAAGAUCACAGGCUGUCUAUCAAAAUUAAAAGAAAUUGAUGGCUCCGAGAUAGUAAAGUUUCUUCAAGAUACACUGGAUACCUUAUUUGGAAUUUUAGAUGAAAAUUCCCAAAAAUAUGGGUCUAAAGUAUUUGAUUCCCUGGUUCAUAUAAUAAAUUUACUUCAAGAUAGCAAAUUUCAUCACUUUAAACCUGUAAUGGAUACUUACAUUGAGAGUCACUUUGCCGGAGCACUUGCAUACAGAGAUCUCAUCAAAGUGCUCAAGUGGUACGUGGACAGGAUAACAGAAGCAGAACGGCAGGAACACAUCCAGGAGGUGUUGAAGGCUCAAGAGUAUAUUUUUAAGUAUAUAGUUCAGUCUCGGAGGCUUUUCUCCCUUGCCACUGGUGGACAAAAUGAAGAGGAGUUCCGCUGCUGCAUCCAGGAGCUUCUGAUGUCCGUCCGUUUCUUUCUUUCCCAAGAGAGCAAAGGAUCUGGAGCAUUAUCACAAUCGCAGGCUGUGUUUCUGAGCUCAUUUCCAGCGGUGUACUCAGAGCUGUUGAAACUCUUUGAUGUCCGAGAAGUGGCCAACUUGGUACAGGACACCCUGGGGAGUCUGCCCACCAUCGUGCAUGUUGAUGACUCCCUGCAAGCUGUGAAGUUGCAGUGCAUCGGCAAAACCGUGGAGAGCCAGCUUUAUACCAACCCAGAUUCCCGCUACAUUCUCUUGCCUGUCGUGUUACAUCACCUCCACAUGCAUCUGCAAGAACAGAAGGACCUGAUCAUGUGCGCACGUAUCCUUAGCAACGUGUUUUGUCUCAUCAAGAAAAAUAGCUCAGAAAAAUCUGUCUUGGAGGAAAUAGAUGUCAUCGUGACCAGCCUGCUGGACAUCCUGCUGAGAACUAUCCUGGAAAUUACCAGUCGGCCCCAUCCAUCCGGCCCCACAAUGCGGCUCCAGUUCCAGGAUGUCACUGGAGAAUUUGUUGCUUGUCUCCUGUCCUUAUUACGACAGAUGACCGAUAGACAUUACCAACAACUUCUUGAUAGCUUCAAUACGAAGGAAGAUCUAAGGGAUUUCCUGCUGCAGAUAUUUACUGUGUUCCGAAUAUUAAUACGCCCAGAGAUGUUUCCAAAAGACUGGACUGUUAUGCGCUUGGUGGCUAACAAUGUUAUUAUUACAACAGUUCUGUACUUGUCAGAUGCACUUCGGAAAAACUUCUUAAGUGAAAACUUUGAUUAUAAGAUCUGGGAUUCCUACUUUUACCUCGCAGUCAUUUUUAUAAACCAAUUGUGUCUGCAGCUAGAGAUGUUCACACCUUCCAAAAAGAAAAAGGUGUUAGAAAAGUAUGGUGACAUGCGAGUGACAAUGGGUUGUGAAAUUUUCAGCAUGUGGCAAAAUCUUGGAGAACAUAAGCUUCAUUUUAUCCCUGCCCUGAUUGGCCCCUUCCUGGAAGUGACUUUGAUACCCCAACCAGAUCUUCGCAAUGUCAUGAUUCCAAUAUUUCAUGAUAUGAUGGACUGGGAGCAGAGGCGAAGUGGCAACUUUAAACAGGUGGAGGCCAAGCUAAUUGACAAAUUGGAUAGCUUGAUGUCAGAAGGCAAAGGUGAUGAAACAUAUCGUGAACUCUUCAACAGUAUAAUCCCACUAUUUGGUCCCUAUCCUAGUCUAUUAAAGAAAAUUGAGCGGGAAACAUGGAGGGAGAGUGGCGUUUCGUUAAUUGCCACAGUCACUCGUCUCAUGGAGAGGUUGUUAGAUUACAGAGACUGCAUGAAAAUGGGAGAGGUAGAUGGCAAAAAGAUUGGCUGCACAGUUAGCCUUCUGAAUUUCUAUAAGACUGAACUCAACAAGGAAGAGAUGUAUAUACGCUACAUCCACAAACUCUAUGAUUUACAUCUCAAAGCACAAAAUUUUACAGAGGCUGCGUAUACUCUCCUGCUAUAUGAUGAGCUGCUGGAAUGGUCUGAUCGCCCCCUCCGGGAGUUCCUGACCUACCCCAUGCAAACAGAGUGGCAGCGCAAGGAGCACCUGCACCUGGCCAUCAUCCAGAACUUCGACAGAGGCAAGUGUUGGGAGAAUGGUAUCAUUUUGUGCCGGAAGAUUGCAGAGCAGUAUGAGAGUUAUUAUGACUACAGAAACCUGAGCAAGAUGAGGAUGAUGGAAGCCUCUUUGUAUGACAAAAUUAUGGACCAGCAACGCCUGGAACCGGAGUUCUUCAGAGUUGGAUUUUAUGGGAAAAAAUUUCCAUUUUUCUUAAGAAAUAAGGAGUUUGUGUGUCGAGGGCAUGACUACGAGAGACUGGAGGCCUUCCAGCAGAGGAUGCUCAACGAGUUCCCCCAUGCCAUUGCCAUGCAGCACGCCAAUCAGCCCGACGAGACCAUCUUCCAGGCAGAGGCUCAGUAUUUGCAGAUCUAUGCUGUGACUCCUAUUCCAGAAAGCCAGGAGGUCCUGCAGAGAGAAGGUGUUCCAGACAACAUCAAAAGUUUCUAUAAAGUGAAUCACAUCUGGAAAUUUCGCUAUGACAGGCCAUUUCACAAAGGCACUAAAGAUAAAGAGAACGAAUUCAAGAGUCUCUGGGUAGAGAGAACGUCAUUAUAUUUGGUGCAGAGUUUACCUGGAAUUUCCCGCUGGUUUGAAGUGGAGAAGCGUGAAGUGGUAGAAAUGAGCCCUCUGGAAAAUGCAAUUGAAGUGUUGGAAAAUAAGAAUCAGCAGUUAAAGACUCUGAUAACUCAGUGUCAAACCAGACAGAUGCAGAAUAUUAAUCCCCUCACUAUGUGCCUGAAUGGAGUUAUAGACGCUGCGGUUAAUGGAGGAGUUUCCAGGUAUCAAGAGGCAUUCUUUGCCAAAGAUUAUAUCUUAAGUCAUCCUGAAGAUGGAGAGAAAAUUGCACGGUUAAGAGAGCUAAUGCUUGAGCAGGCACAAAUUUUAGAAUUCGGUUUGGCCGUGCACGAGAAGUUCGUACCUCAAGAUAUGAGACCCCUUCACAAAAAGCUGGUGGACCAGUUCUUUGUGAUGAAGUCGAGUUUAGGGAUACAGGAGUUCUCUGCUUGUAUACAAGCCAGUCCAGUCCAUUUUCCUAAUGGGAGUCCUCGGGUGUGUAGGAACUCAGCACCUGCUUCUAUGAGCCCAGAUGGUAGCAGGGUAAUUCCUAGACGCAGCCCAUUAAGUUACCCAGCUGUCAACCGAUAUUCUUCCUCCUCAUUGUCCUCUCAAGCUUCUGCUGAAGUAAGCAAUAUUACAGGGCAAUCAGAAAGCUCUGAUGAAGUCUUUAACAUGCAGCCAAGUCCAUCUACCUCAAGCUUGAGUUCCACUCACUCCGCUUCGCCUAAUGUGACGAGUUCCGCGCCCUCGAGUGCCAGAGCUUCUCCCUUGUUGUCAGACAAACACAAACAUUCCAGAGAAAACGCUUGUCUGUCCCCCAGAGAGAGACCCUGCAGCGCCAUUUACCCGACCCCUGUGGAACCCUCUCAGAGGCUGCUGUUUAAUCAUAUUGGAGAUGGAGCCUUGCCACGCAGUGAUCCAAAUCUUUCAGCACCCGAGAAAGCUGUGAACCCCACCCCUAGCAGCUGGAGCCUGGACAGUGGGAAAGAAGCCAAGACCAUGUCGGAUAGUGGGAAACUUAUCUCUCCCCCUGUCCCUCCAAGACCCACACAGACUGCUUCACCAGCGAGACAUACGACACCAGUCUCCCCCUCACCCGCAGGGCGAUCGCCAAUGAAGGGCUCGGUGCAGUCCUUCACCCCCUCGCCGGUGGAUUACCACUCUCCAGGACUCAGCUCCAACUCCCCGGUCCUGUCCGGGAGCUACAGCAGCGGCAUCUCUUCCCUCAGCCGGUGCAGCAUGUCGGAAACCUCGGGCUUUGAGAAUCCGGUGCACGAACCGUCAGCGCCCGGCCCGGGGUCCGGCUAUCCGGGCCCCGGGCCGGGCCCCGAGGAGGCCCCGCGCAAGGAGAGCAAGACGCCGCCGCCCUACAGCGUGUACGAGCGGACUCUGCGGCGCCCUGUCCCGCUACCUCACAGCCUCUCCAUCCCUGUCACCUCCGAGCCGCCCGCUUUGCCCCCCAAGCCCCUGGCGGCCAGAUCCACCCACCUGGAGAAUGGGACCAGGAGGACUGACCCUGGCCCGCGGCCCAGGCCCCUGCCCAGGAAGGUCUCGCAGCUCUGAGG